AUGACGAGUCCUGAUCAAAUCGCAGCUCAGAUACUGAGCACCAAGUCCCUCUCAGUCGCCCAACCCUGGCUCAAUGCCUUCCUAUCAUCAUCUAGCACGGCGCAACGAAAUAUCCCCCCUCGGCUCUCGCAAAGACGGCUAUAUUCCGUCUUCUCGCUCGACAUUCAUGACCCGACAGUCCAAGAGCGACAGCUACAGGGCUCAAUCCCCGUGCAAGUGCUAGACAUUGAAGACAUUGGCACGAGUCUAUGGAGCCAGAUCGAAGCGAUUGAACGUGUUGAGCGCGGCGAGGCCAUCCGUGGCCGCGAAAUUGUGCGCACAAUAGCUGUAGGCGAGGACCCCGAGGCGUCGGAGAACAACCGCGCAAAUAAUAACCCAGCGAACGGUGCUGCGAGUGCGUCGGGGAACAGUGGGUAUGGACCGCACCGGCUGAUUCUUCAGGAUGCAGCAGGAACUAUGGCUGUGGGUGUUGAAAUGCAACGUAUUGAUGGGAUAGCGUUGGAAAAACUUGCUAUUGGGGCGAAGCUCUUGCUCCGUAAUCCAUCUGUUGCGAGAGGUAUGGUGCUGCUUUCUCCGGGAUCUGUUACUCUACUUGGGGGCAAGAUUGAGGCUUUGGAUAAAUCGUGGAGGGAUGGUAGGAAGGCUAGGUUGCUAGAGAAGACUGCAGGUAUUGAGAGAGAAUGA